GACGACCUUGACUUAUCUUUAAAGUGACGCAGGACACGUUGUGAGAGAUUUACAGAGUUGUUAUUUACUCAUUAACCUGACGAGCUGUUUGGAAGCAAGACUGAACAAGUUACUGUAGGGUGCUGAGACUCUUCAAGAAGCAGUGACAGGACAGCGUCCAGAGAAAAAAGGAUUUUUGGCCGCGCAAAAAACGAGGAGGAGGAGGAGGCGCCUCUCGCGUUGAAGCAGAACCGUUUUAGAUGGAUUCUUCAUGUUUGCUUCAGCCUCAGUGGAGACAGCCUGCUCUGAACACUUCCGAGCCGUGACAAUAAGGUGUAAAACAUGACACAUCGCAGCGUAUGGAUAGCCAAAAACAUGAGCUGCUCCCAGCGUGGAAGAAGCGGCUCUGUCCUCUCCGGUGCGCGCUUGGAGCAGAAUGCGCACGGGACAUCUGGUGGGACCAGAUGGAGAGUUCGGAGGAAGGAUAAACGGGAGAUUACCUCUGUAAUGUCAGAGAAGGCCAAGGUGCUGCUGUGGGUCCUCCUCUCUCUGCUGCCUCUGGUGGAAGGAGCUCAUAUGAAGGGCGGUGCUGCUGGUCCUGGAUCAGAUUCGGGCCCUGGCGUGGGGCUGCAGGCAGGCCAGGAGGAGCGAGAGCUUCCCGUGACGCUACCAGAGGUGGUGGAGGACGAGGAGCAGGAAGACCACACUGACCCCUACUCUACUUGGCACGCUCUAUAUGACCCCUUCGUGAUGGAUGAGGUGGAUGACCAUCCCAGUAGCCGCUGGGCGGGACGCUUGCCACGCUCCUCUGACCCCUCAGAACCUCCACCCAAGGGAUCACCAAAGAAAAAGAAAAAGGGGAAGAGGAAAGAAAAGCAGGAAGAGGAAGAGACAGGAAAAGCAGAUAGGAAGGGUAAAGGUAAGAGCAAGCAGCCAAAGAAGAGCAGCAGGGACUGCCGGAUGGAGAAGAGAGAGAUGAAGGUUCGGGACCUGGGCCUGGGCUUUGACUCGGAUGAGAUUGUCCUCUUCAAGUUUUGCGUUGGCUCCUGCAAGGCCUCCAGAAAAAACUACGACCUGGCGCUGGAUAGGUUGCUGGAGAACGGCUCUCUGCCCCGGCGCACCGCUCGCAAGCUCAGCAGACACCCCUGCUGCCGGCCGGCCGAGUACGAGACGGUCUCCUUCAUGGACGCCCAGACAGCGUGGAGGACCAUUGACUCGCUAUCAGCCGCCAGCUGCAUGUGUAUGGGCUGAAGACAUGAAGGAGGGAGAGGAAGAGGGGUGUCACCCAUCCUGAAGCCAGAGGAGUUAGAAACAAGGGUCGCUUUAACACACACAGAGCACGGAAGUGACCGAGGCCACUUGUUGUGUAUUUCCUGUUGAGGAGGAAUCGUUUUGGCGGGAAGACUGAAGGUCAGAAACUGCCAUCAGGGAAUCACCAUCUGGAUUUAUCGUUGGGUCUUCAAAGAGUGAAUAACUUUUACUGAGUAAAUAAUGGAAAUACUCCAGAUAAUACACAUUAAAGAGACUCCAUUAUGUGACAUUUUUAUGGGCGAGACCUGAAGGCCGAAGCUCGAGAGAUAUCAAGAUAAGACACAUCUAAAGGACACUGUGUUUAUAUUCUGACUAAAAAAGACUGAUGUUCACUAUCACUCCCAGUUAAGCCAGCUGCUCCCAAAAGGUAUAUCAUUUUCUCCACAUAAAAACAGGGACAUGACAUUGUUUUGUUUCUAUGUUCAGGUGAACUCAGCCAAAUGGAU